GGAGUUUCAGGCAACGCCGAGCGGAGGAGGCAGGAACAGGAGCGCGAGCAGGAGCAGGGUAGGCACCAUGGCUGGGAUCACCACCAUCCAGGCGGUGAAGCGCAAGAUCCAGGUUCUGCAACAGCAGGCUGAUGAUGCAGAGGAGAGAGCCGAGCGCCUCCAGCGGGAAGUGGAGGGAGAAAAGCAGGCCCGGGAACAGGCUGAGGCUGAGGUGGCCUCCUUGAACCGUAGGAUCCAGCUGGUUGAAGAGGAGCUGGAUCGUGCUCAGGAGCGCCUGGCCACUGCCCUGCAAAAGCUGGAGGAAGCGGAAAAAGCUGCUGAUGAGAGUGAGAGAGGUCUGAAGGUGAUUGAAAACCGGGCCUUAAAAGAUGAGGAAAAGAUGGAACUCCAGGAAAUCCAACUCAAAGAAGCUAAACAUAUUGCAGAAGAGGCAGAUAGGAAGUAUGAAGAGGUGGCUUGUAAGUUGGUGAUUAUUGAAGGAGACUUGGAACGCACAGAGGAACGAGCUGAGCUGGCGGAGUCCCGUUGCCGAGAGACGGAUGAGCAGAUCAGACUGGUGGACCAGAACCUGAAGUGUCUGAGCGCUGCUGAAGAAAAGUAUUCUCAAAAAGAAGACAAAUAUGAGGAAGAGAUAAAGAUUCUUACAGAUAAACUCAAGGAGGCAGAGACCCGUGCUGAGUUUGCUGAGAGAUCGGUAGCCAAGCUGGAAAAGACAAUUGAUGAUUUGGAAGAUAAACUGAAAUGUACCAAAGAGGAGCACCUCUGUACACAAAGGAUGCUGGGCCAGACUCUGCUCGACCGAAUGAGAUGGAGCGCACCCCAGUCCCCGGCCGCUUCUCCCUCUGACCUGACUCCGCCCAGGCCAGCUCGCCCGAAGCUGACCUUCACACUGCGGGCUGAUCUCUAACUGGAAGGCUGCUUUCUCCUUUCGCCACCCCUCCAUUCUCACCCCACCCACCACGGCUUUUUCGCCAACUGUCUCUGCCUCUUCCCAGAGAUUCCAGCUGGGCUAGAGGCUGAGCACCUUUGGGAACAACAUUUAAGGGAAUGUGAGCACAGUGCAAAAUGUCUUUAAAAGCAUGUUGUGAUGUACACAUUUUGUAAUUACCUUUUUUUGUCGUUGUAGCAACCAUUUGUAAAACAUUCCAAGUACUUCCACAGCUCUGAUGCAGCAGUCUAAUCCCUUUUUCACUUUUGGAAGGUGACUUUGCAGCUUAAUGCAUAUUGCCCUCUCCAUAGAGGAGACAAAAAGGUAUGAGCCUGCCUUACUGAGAACCAAACAGAGCCCAGGGAAAGACUCCACUAUGGGAAACCUCAUUGCUCUGUACAAAGUACCAGCCCAAACCUGAAAGGGGAUCCCAGGAGGAGUAAGCCAAAAUAAAAAAAAAACAACAAAAACAUGCUGUUCAGGUUUUCAGCUUUAAGGUAUCUUUGGACUUUUUUAUUUUUUACAUUAGAAGUGACCAAAUUAAGAUGGUGAGAUCUCUGAGACCAGAUUUUUGUCCUAUUCCCAACCACUCACAGAAUGGAUCAUGUGCCCUUUACUUUGAAUUGACCACUUAAUUGCUCUCCUGCCUCCUUGAAAGAAAGAAAAUUAUGUUUUUGCCACUGAUUUAGCCAUAUGAAACUCAUCUCAUUACCCUUUUCUGGGUCCGAAGCUGCUAUCUCUGAAAGUGCCAUCUCAUCAUGCUUUGUAUCAGUCAGUGCUGGAAAAAUCUUGAAUAGCUUAUGUACAAAGCUUUGAAAAUUUUAUAUUAUUUUGAAACUUUGCUUCUUUGGGUUUGAGGCAUCCUGGCCAACCCAUCUGGCUGUGAGAGCUCUCUACAGUUUGUGGGCUGGCCAUGUGCUGAUCUUUUAAAGUUUUCUCCCCUGCCCAAUCCCCACCUUUUGAUGAGGUUUCUGUGAGGUCUGUUAGGUGUACAUCCUGCAGCUUAUUGGCUUAAAAUGUACUCUCCUUUGGUGUGAUCUCUUUGGGGCCAAUUGGGAGAAAGAGAAACCAAUAGUGCAACUGUUUUGAUACUGAAUAUUGACAAGUGUCUUUUUGAAAUAAAGUACCAGUCCCUCCAAUCAUCA